AUGGUCACCACAACCGCAAUUCCCCUGAUAAUCCACGGCAAGGAUGUCCUUAUCUCCAAUAGUGACCGCAAACAUCCCAUCACGUCUACAUCCGCACCUCAUUUGAAAUCCUUCCAAGGCGCAACGCCCGAUCUCGCCAUCCAAGCCGUCGAAUCCUGCGCAAGUGCCUUCCCAACAUGGUCGCAAACACCCCCCGAGGAACGUCGACGUUUACUACUGAAUCUAGCCAAGCUCCUUCGCGAAAAAUCCAACACCAUUCAGACCCUCAUCAAAGAUGAAAUCCACUGCACACCACUCUGGUCUCACCUCAACGUUGAAAUCGCAGCCGGCAUUGUCGAAGAGACCGCUUCAGUAAUAACAGACGCCAUUAGCGGCACUAUCCCUUCGUCGCAGGGAAAUACGUACGCCCUUGUGAUGAAGAAGCCGCUCGGUGUGGUGCUGGGCAUCGCGCCGUGGAACGCGCCGGUAAUUUUGGGACUGAGAUCGGUGAUUCCGGUAAUUGCGGCGGGCAACACAGCUAUUUUGAAGGGCUCUGAGUUGAGUCCCCAAACGCAUUACUUCCUCGCGGCACUGUUCCGGGAGGCAGGGUUCCCGCCAGGAGUCAUUAACUUCGUUCUGCAUCGGCCGCAGGACGCGGCAGAGAUCUACGAGUGUAUGAUUCAGCAUCCGGCUGUGAAGAAAUGUAACUUCACCGGAUCAACCCAGGUGGGACGUGUGAUCGCGUCCAAGGCGGCGAUGGCGUUGAAGCCGGUGCUGUUGGAAUUGGGUGGCAAGAACCCCGUGGUGGUGUUGGAGGAUGCGGAUUUGGAUCAGGCGGCGGAUGAGAUUGUUGCGGCGGGAUAUUUGAAUAAUGGCCAGAUUUGCAUGUCGACUGAUCUCGUCUACGUUGUUCGCUCGGUGGCGGAGGAGUUGACUAAGAAGCUUUUAGAGCGCUUGCACAGCGAAGAUCGGCCACACAAGGUUAUUUCGGCAGCGAGCCGAGCCCGUCUUACGCAGUUGGUAGAUGAUGCGCGGUCUAAGGGGGGUGUCAUUCACCAGGCUCGUAACCCUCUCGCUGAGGAUCCCUUGGCAUUCCCAGCUACUGUGAUUGAAGGAGUCACGGAGGAGAUGGAGUUCUAUACGAUCGAGUCGUUUGGACCGGUGUUUGGAAUCAUCGCUGUUGAUUCGGCAGAGAAGGGUUUGCAAAUGGUUAAGCGGUCCGCGUACGGCCUUUCAUCGGCGGUGUUUACGCGUGAUCAUUUCAAGGCUCUGGAAAUGUCUGCAGAUAUUGCUGUGGGAGCGGUUCAUGUCAACGGGGGCACGGUACAUGACGAACCGACGUUACCGCAUGGAGGAGUGGGCGACAGUGGAUAUGGUCGGUUUGGAGGAAAAUGGGGCUUGAAUGAGUUUUUGCAGACGCAAACGGUAAUUUUGAAUCGGGUUCGGGCUUCCCUCUGA